AUGGAAGCAGCUCCUGAGAUGGAAUUGGCGCAAACGCCUCCGGUCCGUAACCUAAAUGGCAACUGGCACUACCAAUUCCGCAUCCUUCUGCUGGGCGACUCCAUGGUGGGCAAAACGUCUCUGCUCAGAUGCUACACAGAGGGGUGCUUCGUUCCAUCCCCGUGCCCCACGGUGGGCGUGGAGUUCUACAGCAAGAUGAUGGAGCUGCCUCCAGGCAUCAAGGUGAAGCUACAACUUUGGGACACGGCUGGCCAAGAGAGGUUCAGGUGAGGCGGGGAAGUCCUUGUAGGACCAAAGGAUGAGUGGGGGAAGAUGCACAUGCUUCUUACCAGUCCAAAACCUUUCCCUUUUCUAAAUUCCUUUCCCUACUGCCCUGGAAAUAAGGUCUGGAAGCCAAUCACAUUACUGCUCAGUUAGCAACAAUCCAUUCUGGUGCAUAGACCUUUCGUGUCCAUAUCAUCCCUUGCUCCCUGCAUUUAAUUUCAGCCAGGUUGGCGAUUCUGCUGGAAUGCCAGCCAGUGGUGCCAUGAAGGAAGGACUUGGAGGCAGGUAUUCAGGGUCCCAUGAGUGUGGUGGGUCAGGGGAUAGCACCGGGUUGGCUUACUACAUAUUGAAGUAACCUACGUGUAUCACCCUGUCUGUAAAGGAGGGAUAGGAGGAGCUUUCAAGGCCAUUAUGUCCAGAGUCUAAAAUGUCCUAGCUGCACCACAGAUACCACCUGUCUUCAUUCCCCACAUAUUUCAUCCCCACUUAUUCCCCCUACUGGAUUUCUAUUUUUUUUAUUAAAAAAAAUUAGUGUUAUCCUUGGCAAUUAAGUUGAGAUUUUAAGAAAUUAAAUAGAAAUGGAAUAGGGAGGGGGAAUAAGCAUUUAGCACAUUCCUGUCCCACCUUUCCUCCUAUAGGAAGGAGAGCCCUAUGUCCUCUUUUUCCCCCAGGACACCCUCUUUUUCAUAGGUAUGUAAAAUGAGAGUCGUCAUAGCGAUCCAUAGUUAAAACUAGAAGCAAAUGUGUCCUCUUUUUUUUGCUCUUCAAAAUAUGGCAACCCUCUCUUCACACUAACCCUGUAAGGCACAUUAGGCCAGGAGAAAAAGAAUGACAACCCCGGAAACAGCUAGGGAACACAUUAGUUCCAAUCUAUCUGUAGAUCUUAGGAAAUGGUUGGCAUCAGGAAACACCCUACACUACAGGAACAAGGAAGGGAUUAACUGGGGACCUGCAUCCCAGGGGGAGAAGGCUGGGCAGUGAGUUCAGCUCAGGCUUCAUUUAUUCAUCAAUACCAGGGGAGGGGAAACUGCCAGAUGUUGGGCUCCAACUCCCAUCAGCCCCAGGCAGUAGCAAGGGUUGAUGGGAGUUGCAGGCCAGCAACGUCUGGAGGACCAAACCUUCCCCCACCCCCCAAGUAAGCCUGGUGUUCCUAAGCAAGAAAGUAGUGGAUAAUUGAGCUCAUGUGGUACUGAAAAAAGUUCCAGCAGCAAAGGCACAGCUCCUCAAAGUUGCACAAAGGAAUCUUUAUAUAAUUACUUAGAAUGUGUACAGUGCUUUGCUGAUGGUUAGUGUGUUGUCAUCCCAUGGUCAUUGAUUCAGGUGACACAGGGUUUUGCAGAGCAAUCUGAGACAAUUUCUCCAAGGAGCUCACAAUGGUGUACGUGGUUCACCCCCCCCCCUCAGUUAAUGACUACAGCAAUCCCUACAGGUAGGUUAGGAUGAGAGGCAAUGACCGGCCCCUGGUCAUUCAUUGAGCUUCCUGCUCAAGUGGGAUUUGAACCCUGCUCUCCCUGGUCCUAGACUGACACACUAACCCAGAGCCUUCCAAAUGUUUUGUAUUGGUGACACACUUUUUAGACAUGCAUCAUUUUGCGACACAGUUUUUACUAGCAAACCAAAGGUUAAACUAACCCCUUUCCAGCCCUGGGAGGAGCGCAGGGAGUGUUUGCACACCAACACACUGCAGCCAACACACUAACAUGUCGCGACACACAGUUUGGAAAGCUCUGCACUAACCACUAUGCCACACUGAUUUCACCAGCUUGCUUUAAGCUGUCUCUGGGUUUGGUCAGAAACUAGAUGUUUGUGCAUAUCUUUGAGAAUCAUGAGUAUUUGCGAAUCAUUCUGGGCUGAAUAAUGAACUUUGCUUUCUGUACUCCCUCUAGCAAUCUUGGUUAGAUUUCUGUUGGCACGCUGCACAAAAGUUCCCUGUGUUUUUCACAGAAUCGGUGAAAAAAACAGCUGAAGGGAGGGUAGUGUAUAGCUGAGUGUUGUGCUGUGGGGUGGGGUGGGGGAUACUUCAAGGUUGUCUGUUGUUAUUGUUCUUUUGCAGAGUUGAGAAAUUGAUCCCAUUCAGUGACUAGAAGCCUGAGGGCAUUGAUCUCAAGUAAUCCCAGAGGCCAUCAUAUCUCCUUGGAAUGUCUGACCUUGCUUACUGAUCCACUCAGUUAUUGACACAACCUUACCAACUCCCUUUUUCUUGCUAAUUUUACUGCAAACAAUGGCACUGGCAUAUCAGCUCCUCUUCAGAGAUAAGAUUUGUAUGUAGAAUCUCUGCUUGUUUAUGUGGUUGUAAAUCCUAUAGGAGUCUCCUCACUUGCUUACCCUGCCAUUAGCCAUGAGCUGGACUGGGAGAUAAAGGCAUGGCAGGGAGGUAAGGAAGGAAAGGAGAUGUUUCAGGAAAUUAGAAACUGAAAUAAAAUGUCAAUAUUUAUCAAUAAACAAAUUGGGAAAAAGAAAGGAAGGAAUAAGAGAGGAAAUUAUUACAGUAUGAAGAAGUGAAUGUAAAAGGGCCAGAGAGAAGGGAUGGAAGAAAGUGGCAGGGUUUUUUUUCUUUUUGAGCUGAGUGUGGAAAGAGAAAGGGAAAUGAAAUGAUAAGAGAUGGGUAAAAAUAUUUUGAGAAACAUGUGGCAGUGAGAAGGAAAAAAUAUAAAAGAAAAAGCCUUCUCCACUUCAAGCCUCUCUAAUCAAAUUCUGCCUAAAAUAGAGAGGUUGAGUUGUUCCACAUCACAUGUCUGUGCUUAGCUUGAGGAAAGCUGAACCAUGGAACUCCUUGCCUCAAGGAAAAUGCUGUGGCUAAGAAUUUAGCAAUGUCCCAAAGGUGGUUUAGAUAUCAUAGGAAAAUUAUGUGAGUAUAUGUUAUUUAUUUUACUCAGUACAUUUAUAUCAGGCCUUUUCUCCAAGUUGCUCAAGGCAGAAUUCUUCCUCCCGCACUAAGACUACAUUGUACUAUAAAAUUGACAUUGCUCAGCAUAAAUUUCUGAAGACUUUGUGGAUAUGUUUUGCUAAUGUAGUUUAGCAAUAUCUGUAAAGGCAAAUGGGAGUUCUGUGCUUACAUCUCAGAAGAUACUUUGUCACUAUCAUUGCUCCAGAACAAAGUCCUGGACAUGGUUAUGAAGAGUUGGCAUUUGGUAACUUGACAAGUGACUUUAAGAAAGUCUCCGUGAUAUAUUGGAAGAAGGUUAAAUUAAUUAAUCUGCUGCUUCUGUUCUUAGGUGCAUCACCAGAUCCUUCUACCGGAAUGCAGUGGGUGUACUCUUGGUCUUCGAUAUGACCAACCGGAGGUCCUUUGAGAGCAUCUUUGAUUGGUACCAUGAAGUGACCAGUGUUAUGGAGAAGGUCGUCUUCCUCUUGGUUGGCCACAAAAGUGACCUUCAGUCAAUGAACAGAGUCACAGUCGAAGAAGCAGAGGGACUGGCCAUUUCUUUGGGCACGCAAUUUAUUGAAACAUCCGCCAAGGACAACCUCAAUAUAGAUUUGGCUUUUGCGACCAUCACCAAUGCUAUCUACGAUGCUCUGAGAAACAAGGAGAUUGACCUGCAGGAAGGGUGGGAUGGUGUGAAGGUGAUCCAUAAGAAGAGAACUAGCGGUCUUCAGAGAAGGAAGAAGGCCCCGCAAGAAAAAUGCAAUUGCUAA